AUGGAAUCCUCCAUUUCUUCAGGCGACGCUUCGAGCUCGCGAUCUUCAAGAGCUGUCAACGACCCUGUUCUUCGAAACACGCUGCGCUACACCAUCUCAGCUCACGAAUAUGCAAGUCUGCACAAGUACAUACUAUCUCGAUCCCGCGUACUGCGUCGCGCAACUCCAACGCCAAACCGUGUUGAAAAGGCGCUGCAGCCGUCAAAAGGUGGUGAUGAUUAUAAUGCUAGAACAGUGCGACAUGCGCUUAGGGUCUUUGUGAUGACCUUUCUCGGCAUGAAGGGAUGGGAUAUUGUCGCGAAGAGGAUGGGGAAAGAAGAACCCAGCACUGGUGGUAAAAAGAAGCCAUUCUACAAGUCUCCCGCCCUGAGGCUGUCUAUUUCGCUUUCUACCAUUCUUCUCCUUUACAGAAUCCUCUUCCGUUUCUUCACUCGACUGCGUGUGCAUCUCCUUGACCCCCAAGUCGAGCCUUUCCGUGCACGCAAUCCCCGAACUGCAGCGAUGCUGACAUCUCCCUCUGCACCAGCCAUUGGUGCCUCAUUCGCUGGCCUGGCUCUUGGCAUCUACCCAGCACAAAAGAUGCGUGUCACUAUCGCCAUUUACACAAUCUUCCGUGCUUUGGAGUUUGCCUACAAUUUCUGUGAGGCUGAUGGCCUUAUCUGGGGCCGCAAGAACGGUAUCAAGAGGGAGAGGCCUUGGUGGUUCGGAAGCUGGAUGUUGCAGCCAUUUGCUUUUGGACAGCUUCUCCAUGCUGCUGUUUUCGAUCGCGAUUGCUUCCCCAAGCCUUUUGGAGACUUGAUCUUCAAGAGUUCUUCGGCUUACUUGCACCCACGCCCGCAGGAUUGGUCGUCGAGCGUCAAGUGGCCUCAGACUUCUGAGAUCGUUGACAGCUUGGCUCAAAUGGCGCGCCUGAGCUGGCCUGCCUAUGUUUCUCCCACUCUCUUCCCUGGCAAAGAGGUUCUUCCUCCUAGCCUCAGCGCAAUCGCGCCACUGACAUCUCGAGCUCAUCCUCUCAUCACAUCCCUCUCAUGCGCCACUCUGCACCCGGGAGACCCAUCUUGUGCUCGAACUUAUCUUACUUUCUGGCUUCAGACUUUCCCGCCCUUUGCUCGCUUCUUCGUCGCAGUCUUCUCUGCGCUCACCGUCAUUCCCCGAUUCUCCAGUCUUUACCAUAAUCCUCUGGUUACGCUCCAGCGCAUCAUCACCAAGGCUCUCCGCAUGUCUACAUUUGCGACAGGUGCGCUUUCCACAGCCUGGGCUUCAAUCUGCUUCUUCCAGCAAUGGCUUCCACGCCACGUCCUCGCGACUCAGCGUGUCUUCCUCGGUGGUUUCUUUGCUGGCCUCUGGGCAUUUGUUGAGCGACGAAAUGGCCGUGGACUGUUCCUGUACAGCGCCCGCGCUAGUGUUGACAGCCUCUGGAAGGUUGGUGUGAAGCGACGUUGGUGGAAGAGCAUGAAGGGCGGCGAUGUCUGGGUCUUCAUGUUGGCACUCAUGGUCACUGGUGUUGUCUACGAGAAGGAUGCCCAAGCAAUCCGCGAGACUAACUGGCGAAAGGGAGUCAGCUGGCUUCAGGGCCAGGGAUGGAGAGAUUGGGGAGCUGAGGAUGAUGAGGAUGAGGAGAACAAGGACAAGGAGGAGUGA